GUACCCCUACCCCUAUAUACAUAGGAACCCCAUCUUCCCAACAACAGAGUAUCUCAGAGGUGGUGUAUUAAACCAAGAGUUUGAAUCAAGGAGACAAGAUGAUGAGUAGUGGUAGUAACCUAAAUCUUUUCACAGCAGCACAAUGGGAAGAACUGGAACAGCAAGCUUUAAUCUACAAAUACAUGGUUUCAGGUGUUCCUGUACCUACUCAUCUCAUUUUGUCUGUCAGAAGAAGCUUAUACAACUCUUCCUUUACGAAUCCCUGUAAUCAAUUUGGAGUAUGGGAAGGAAACUUUCAGUAUAAUCAGUUGUAUCAAAUUGGGGGGAGGAAAAUCGAUAUGGAACCAGGAAGAUGUAGAAGAACAGAUGGAAAAAAAUGGAGGUGUUCGAAGGAAGCGUACCCGGAUUCGAAAUACUGUGAGCGACAUAUGCAUCGUGGUCGUAAUCGUUCAAGAAAGCCUGUGGAAUUAUUAUCUUCUUCUUCAACUACUUCUUCGUCUUCUUCGUCUACCGCUGUUAACGUUUCUUCAUCGCCAUUAACGACAACCACAAAUAUCUCGAAAUCGAUCUCGCCUUCUGAUCAUCUUACGUACCACAACACCACCCUCCACACUCGGUCGUCUCCUAUUCAGACCAACUUCGUCGAUUACAGGUACUUGCAAGAUGAGAGAUCGGUUUUCUUCCCACAAAACGAUCCAUACACCUCACAAAAGAUGACUGUUAAUGCUCCAUCUUCAUCCGAUCAUCAAAACUACUCUCACUUCAACUUUCAGAAUCUCAAAAAUCAGCAACAUCACAAAGAGGAAGAUAUCGAUUUCAUAAAAUCAUCGGAAGAAACCAAAUCCAGUAUCCCAAUCGACACAAAACUCGAUGAAAUUCCCAAUAAACAAACAUUCCACCACUUUUUUGCACCACCAAAACCCAACGACACUCCUAGCUGGGUUGACGUUGACCAUCAUCAUCAUCAUCAACACCAAAACCUCAUAAACCCACAGAAAUCGCCAUUGUCCACCCAAGACCUUUUCCAAUCCAAACCCAGAUCCUACUGGUAGUAUAAGAAAGAGAAAGAUAAUGAUAUGAAUUUGGGAUUAUUACUCUUAUUAGUAGUAGUAAUUAGUAAGUAAGAAUGUUUGUUUAAGAAUUAUUAAGAAUUAAGAAUGAAUGGUAUUGGUAGGUAGAUGUUGGGGUAAGGGGGGUAAAAAGUGUUUGUGGAGUUUACUUGUCAUUAUCAAGAUAUUGUAAAACACAGUUUUCAGUUUUCACUUUCAUCUGAAUCUGAAUAUGAAUAGUGGUACUACCACCCAAUUGCAU